AUCUCCCCUUGCGCAUGUGUCGUGAAGGAGGGGAACCAAGUGCAUAAAGGGAGUCAUCGACAAGUGCGUACUCACAGUGGUUCCAAAUCCGCUACUUUCACAUGGUGUAUUAAACGUUUAUUUAUAAACAAAACUAGACACUCAGCUGAUCACAAGACGAUGCCGAAUACAACCCUCGAGAACUCACCCAAUGCGGUGCUCAACAAGUCAGUGGCUGAAAGGUACAUGCAUUUACCGUGUCCCGAAAAUAAGGUAAAAGCCACCUACAUAUGGAUUGAUGGGACUGGUGAAAAUGUCAGGGCGAAAACACGCACAGUCGAUUUCGUCCCAAAGAAACCCGAAGAGUUGCCGGUUUGGAACUACGACGGAAGUUCCACAUACCAAGCCGAAGGCACCAACUCUGACACAUAUCUAUGUCCUGUCGCCAUCUACAACGACCCCUUCAAUGGGGGCAACCACAAGUUGGUCAUGUGCGACACCUACAAAUACAACAAAAAACCAACCGAAACCAACCACCGACACACGUGUCUGCAAGCCAUGGAGGCGGCUAAAGACACCAAACCCUGGUUCGGUAUCGAGCAGGAGUACACUUUGCUCGACAUGGAUAUGAGACCGUUGGGGUGGCCCAAGAAUGGGUUUCCGGGACCUCAAGGCCCUUACUAUUGCGGUGUGGGGGCUAAUAAGGUCUACGCACGUGAUAUUGUAGAGUCUCACUACAGUGCUUGUCUGUAUGCUGGUAUUAAUAUUGCUGGAACCAAUGCUGAGGUCAUGCCAGCUCAAUGGGAGUAUCAGGUUGGUCCCUGUGAGGGUAUUUCCAUCGGGGAUGAAUUGUGGGUCUCGAGGUAUAUUUUGCAUCGUGUCGCUGAAGAUUUUGGGGUUAUUGUCACGUUUGAUCCUAAGCCGAUUGAAGGCGAUUGGAAUGGAGCGGGGGCUCAUACUAACUUCUCCACUAAGGCGAUGAGAGAAGAUGGAGGAAUUAUUGAAAUCGAGAAAGCCAUCGAUAAGCUCAGCCGAAACCACCUUAGACACAUCCAGGCCUACGAUCCUAAGGGAGGAAAGGACAACGAACGUCGUCUCACCGGUCGCCAUGAAACUUCCUCGAUCCAUGACUUCAGUGCAGGUGUGGCUAACCGUGGCGCGAGUAUUCGUAUUCCUCGCGGAUGUGCAGAAGAUAAGAAGGGAUAUCUUGAAGAUAGGAGACCAUCUUCAAAUUGCGAUCCGUACGCAGUAUGUGAAGCUUUGGUCCGAACAUGUAUUCUAGAUGAAUAAGAAACACGUUCAGUCGUGUUUUUUAAACCAAUUUUAUUAUUUUUGUUUAUUUCUCUUUCUUCUGUAUAAUUUGUAUAAUACGACUUAUAUGUUCGUUUGGAGAAGUUUUAUUCUUCAAUGUGACAGAAACUCACUGUAUUCAGUAUAUGUAAAUAUAUAACAAUGUCAUAUCAGUAGGUUUAAGAGCUAAUAUGCAUGCAACGAAAUAUUGGUUGAUGGGAAUAGCACAUGCUCUAUUAAAAUGUAUUUUGUUACGUUGUGAAAUAGUUUAUACAAGUUAUUGUAAUUCCAACAAUUCAAAUAUAUUUGCUAUGUUCACAGAA